CUUCACAUCUAUUUUAUUUUAUUUAAUGUUUUAGUCUUAAUAUAAAUUAUAUACAAAUAUAUCUCAUAAUUACAUAAUAUAUAAUCAUUUGGACGACUAAUCCGUGUCUGAACGCCGCCAUCGAUGCCAUGAAAUGAAUGGACGCCUGAGAUCUUGUGUCAAGUUUUUGACGUUUGUGUGAAUCGUUUGCCGCAUACGAGGGCUUCAAUUGACCGCAAAACCCGCCGUUCAUUGCAGUCAUAAACACGCGAUAUGUAUAUAAAACAGGUGAUCAUCAAUGGGUUCCGCUCAUACCGGGAGCAGACGGUUGUGGAGCCGUUCAGCGCCCGGCAUAACGUGAUCGUCGGCCGCAACGGGUCCGGCAAAAGCAAC